GUGGGACCGCUGCUGGGGAGAGGCGGCUUCGCGUCCGUGUACUCGGGGCUCCGCCUGUGUGACAACAGCCCGGUGGCGAUCAAACAAGUGGCUCGGGAGCGCAUCUCCUCGUGGGGGGAGCGGCCCAGCGGCACUCGCAUUCCCUUGGAGAUAGCCAUGUUGAGGAAGGUGCGCUCCGGCUGCAGUGCCAUCAUCCAGCUCCUCCAUUGGUUUGAGCUGCCCCACUCCUUUGUGCUGGUUCUGGAGCGUCCGGAGCCAUCGCAGGACCUCUCUGACUUCAUCAAAAAACGGAGGUUCCUGCCCGAGGAUCUGGCGCGGGGCAUUUUCCUCCAGGUGCUGGUGGCUGUGCGGCACUGCCACAGCCGCGGUGUCCUGCACAGGGAUAUCAAGCCCAAGAACAUCAUCAUCAACUUGGCCACCAGAGAGGUCAAGCUUAUUGACUUUGGUUGCAGCACCCUCCUCAGGGACACGGUCUACACCAAAUUUAGCGGUGAGCCCACAGCCCAGGGUGCUUCCCGUACCGGGCAGUUUGUGAACAAGAGUCACGUGCUGAUGACGAGGUGGCGGGUCACACCGAGUGUGCGUCCCCACGUCCGUGGCGCCACCGACGGGGAGUCCCUCAGAAAACUGAGCCAUCCUGAAGAGUUCUGGGGACCAGCCUGA